GGGCCGCCUCCGCCCUUAACAUCCCUCGGCGCUUCGGUGUUGUCUCGUGGUCGUGGAGUCUGCUCCCGGUAGCUCCUUUGCAAAUGGGCUCCGUAGCCUAGCGUUCACCCCCCUCCCGAGCCAGGUCACCUGUGGUCGCAAGCCGGUCGGAUUCUGCUGGGCGCAGCACUAACGCGUUAAGGGUUUACAACUUGCAGAAGAACGAAGAUCAAGAAACAUGGCAGCAAUUCCGUCAAGCGGCUCCCUUGUGGCAACCCACGACUACUAUAGAAGGCGUCUGGGUUCCACUUCCAGCAACAGCUCCUGUGGAAGUGCAGAGUACUCUGGGGAAGUUAUCCCACACCAUCCAGGUCUCCCCAAGUCUGAUCCAGGGCAUUGGUGGGCCAGCUUCUUCUUUGGAAAAGCAACCCAUCCAGUAAUGACAACUGUUUCGGAAUCCCCAGAGAACUCGGGCACUUUCCAGGUAGCCAACGCGGUGAUCACAUGUGGCCUGGCUCAGGAUGUGAUGAGGAAACGCCACGCCAGUGAACCCAGCAAACCCAGUGCCGGUCCCACCGCAUAAGGAUGCUGAUGGCCGCUGGCUGGCCCUUCUGAGUUGGAACGCUAGGAGUCAGAGCCCAUUUCCCACUCCCUCCCCCAUCCCCCCCCCCCAUCCCACCGUAGAGUAGUCAGGCUGCUUCGAGUACUACUUAGACCUAGGUUUUUAUAAAAAUAAAAACGGCAAUUAAAAAAAAAACACCACCCUUUUACACCAUCCUUUUCUACUUUAUUUUGGUCAAUGAAACAACAUCUCUUUGCCUUGAUAAAGCUUAUCUCUUUCUCGUUCUUUUUUUUUUGUACUCGUCUAAUGGAAACUAAUAAAACCUAAGCAGCCUUUUAAAUGG